AUGGGGUCCAUCUCGACUGCAGGAGAGGCCGUGGCCCGAAUUGCCCACUUGGCCUCCGACGUGAUUGUGUCGGUCGUCCCUUCCUUCGAGGCCGAAUCUGAGUUCUCCGAGCCUCUGCGAGGACUACAGAAGCACAACGCGCCUAGCGUUGUUUGCAAGACACAACCAGAGAUCCUUACAGUCCGCCAAAAUGCGGAUCCCCUUCUCUCUGUUUUCCAGCCCAUCCGCGCGGGCAAGCUCACCAGCGUCACCACAACCUCUUCCAUCCUUGUAAAGUCGAUACCACACCUAUACAAGCUCGCCCAGUACCCUGUCGUUCUCCACGUAUCGGUAGCGCCAUCGGGCUUCCCCGACUUCUCCGACAUCACCUCCAUCCGGCAAUCUGGAUUCGCCUUCAUCCAGUCGGAGACACUGCAGGAGUUGCAGGAUCUUGCUCUGACUGCACAUGCCUUGGCUAUCAAGUCGGGCAAGGGUGUCAUUCACUUCUUCGACUCAGGCGCGACUGCUUUCAAGAAGACUGUUGAAGUCGAAGAUGCCGACCUGGUCCGGAGUGUCAUCGACCUGGACGCGGCGGCGGCAUACCAGAACACCAAGUCAGAGGAGACAUCGCUAUACGCCGAUGAUGGCAGGAGUUCAACACUGUCCUUCGCUCGGAGCCAGGCUGUCAACGCCGCCCCAGCAGCAACAUCAGCUAGCGCUCCUGAGCAGGCCAAGUCACUUCCGGCAUCGGAGAGGAACAGCGAGCGCGCCGAGUCGUCCUCUGGUUCAUCACAGCGCGAUGCUAGCACAAGCGGCGCGUCCGUGUCCUCUGCAACCACUGUCGAAUCUCUGAUCUCAAAACCUGUCUCAUCCGAGGACAUCUACCGCUUCGCCACACAGAUCUGGGGAACCAUUCGGGAUGCCACCGGUCGAAGCUACGAUGCAUUCGCGUUCUCUGGUACUGGCACCGAGGAGGCCGCCAUCUUCCUCUUCGGUGCUGACACUGCUGUGUUUGCCACCGAGCUGGAUAGUGUCGAGGAGACCAAGGCAUAUGCCAACACAGCCGUCAUCACCGCGAGGUUAUACCGCCCCUGGUUGGGUGCCUCACUUGCGCCUAUGCUUCCCUCAUCGCUCAAGAGGAUCGCUGUGCUAGAGCAAGUUCGAAGAAAGACUACCCGCUGGGGCCCUGUACUGCUCGACCUUCUGAUGUCCCUGAAGUCGACUGGCGGUGCCUCCCCCAUGGUUGUAGGAUACCAACUCGGCUACAUCAACGAGGAGACUGUGUCCCAAGCGAUGCGCGGUGUCUUCCAGAACUUGAUGAGCGAGACACCUGUGCAGAACCUCGUCAUCGGUAACCUCGAUGGCCCGGAGCCCCAGGCUAUCAAGGCCGAGCAACCAGGGUUAGAGAACGCCUACAUGAAGAUCUUGAACCAGGUCUUUGGUGAGAAGCUCCACAUUGCUAACCAGCUUGGUUCGCAGCACGCCGGCAUCUCCAACGAGAUCUCCUCUUCCCCGGAGUACGGAUUCGGCUCACUAGUAGCACGCAAGGAGCACCGAAGGCGAUUGGUAGACGAGGCUGCGGCUGCUUCCAAGGAGAAUGCUUUCACUACACAAGCACCUAAGGAGUGGCUAUCUAAGUGGGCACUCAACGCCGAUGACACUGACAAGGCCAACGAACUUGCUUCUGAAGUCAUCGCUCGUCUGGGCACCGACGGCUCGCCCGUUGCCAGCCAACUGUUGUCGUCGAAGAAGCUCUUCUACAAGGAAUCUCCGUGGUUGAUUGGGUCAGACGCUUGGGCGUAUGACCUCGGAAACUCUGGUGUCCACCACGUACUGGCCUCUGGCGAGAAUGUCAACAUGCUCAUUGUCGACUCAACCCCCUACUCUGAGCGCGCAGCUGCUGACGCCGCGAGGCGCAAGAAGGACAUCGGUCUGUACGCAAUGAACUACGGAAAUGCCUACGUCGCAUCGGUCGCUGUAUACAGCUCUUACACCCAGGUCUUGGAGGCUAUGAUCGAGGCCGACAAGUUCGACGGUCCAUCCGUUGUGCUUGCAUACCUCCCUUACGAGAAGGAGAACGACACACCCCUGACCGUUCUGCAAGAGACCAAGAAGGCUGUCGACCUUGGCUACUGGCCCCUGUACCGAUGGGACCCACGUGCUGAGGAGAAGGGCGAGGAGAACUUCAAGCUUGACUCAGAGCGCAUUAAGAAAGAGCUGGAGGAGUUCCUCUCCCGCGACAACUACAUGUCCCAGGUCAUGAAGAGACAUCCCGAGUUCUCGUCCAACAUCUCUGGAUCAUACGGCACUGAGGUCAGGCAACUGCAAAAGCGCAAGGCCAAGGAUGCCUAUAGCAAGCUUCUCGAUGGUCUCCAGGGCGACCCAAUGACCAUUCUCUUCGCUUCCGACAAUGGCAACGCUGAAAACCUAGCCAAGCGUCUUGGAAACCGUGGCAAGGCUCGAGGUCUCAAGACCAUGGUCAUGGCCAUGGAUGAUUUCCCGAUCGAAGACCUGCCCAAUGAGCAGAACGUUAUCCUGAUGACCAGUGUAGCCGGUCAGGGAGAGUUCCCCCAAAACGGUCGAACGUUCUGGGAAACCGUCAAGGACUCCACCGAUUUGGAUCUUGCGACAGUCAACUUUGGUGUCUUCGGUCUCGGUGACAGCCACUACUGGCCACGCAAGGAGGACAAGAUCUACUACAACAAGCCCGCAAAGGACCUUCAUGCUCGUCUUCUUACUCUCGGUGGCAAGCCUUUGGCGGAGUGUGGUCUUGGUGAUGACCAAGACCCGGACGCCUACCAGACUGCGUACGCCGAAUGGGAGCCAAAGCUCUGGGAGAAGCUCGGCGUUGCCAACGUCGAGAACUUGCCCGAGGAACCAGCGCCGUUGACCAAUGAGGAUAUGAAGGCCGCUUCAAACUUCCUCCGAGGUACUAUCGAGGAGGGUCUGGCCGACACCAGCACCGGUGCCAUCUCAGCAAGCGACCAACAACUCACCAAGUUCCACGGCACCUACAUGCAGGAUGACCGUGAUCUUCGUGACCAACGCAAGGCGCAGGGUCUCGAGCCAGCGUAUUCCUUCAUGAUUCGUUGCCGACUACCUGGAGGUGUCUCUACGCCUAAGCAGUGGCUGCAGAUGGACGAAAUUAGCACAAAGCUCGGUAACGAGACCAUGAAGCUGACCACUCGACAAACCUUCCAGUUCCACGGCGUCGUAAAGGGCAAGCUCAAGCCAGCUAUGCAGGCCAUUAACAAGGCGUUGAUGACCACCAUCGCAGCUUGCGGUGAUGUCAACCGAAACGUCAUGUGCAGCUCUCUGCCGACUCAGUCAAAGUACCACGGCCAGGUCCACAACAUUGCACAGAAGAUCAGCGACCAUCUCCUUCCCUCUACCACUGCUUACCACGAGAUCUGGUUGGAGGACGACGAGACAAAGCAGAAGCGCAAGGUUGCUGGUGAGGCUGUCCAGGACCACGAGCCUCUCUACGGCCCUCUCUACCUCCCACGAAAGUUCAAGAUCACCAUUGCCAUUCCUCCUCACAACGACACCGAUGUGUACGCUCACGACAUUGGUCUCAUCGCAAUCAAGGGCGAAGACGGAAACCUUGUAGGUUUCAACGUCCUCGCCGGUGGCGGCAUGGGUGUCACGCACAACAACAAGAAGACAUACCCGCGAACCGGAAGCAUGUUUGGCUACGUCCCAACCGAGCAGGUGCAUCUUGUUUGCGAGAAGAUCAUGCUCGUCCAGCGCGACCACGGUGACCGCAAGAACAGGAAGCACGCCCGUCUCAAGUACACCAUCGACGACAUGGGUGUUGAUGUCUUCAAGGGCAAGGUUGAAGAGCUCUGGGGUCAGAAGUUUGACGAGCCCAAGCCCUUCAAGUUCCAAAGCAACAUCGACACCUUCGGUUGGCAAAAGGACGAGACUGGCCUUAACCACUUCACCUUCUUUAUUGAGAACGGCCGCAUUGAGGACACUGCCGACUUCCCCAUGAAGACUGGUCUCAUCGAGGUGGCCAAGGUACACAAGGGCGAGUUCCGGUUGACUGGUAACCAGCAUUUGAUCCUAGCCAAUGUCGCCGACGAAGAUCUGCCGGCCAUGAAGGAGCUGCUGAAGAAGUGGAAGCUUGAUAACACCAACUUUUCUGGUAUGAGGCUGUCUAGUUCCGCCUGUGUUGCCUUCCCCACUUGCGGUCUUGCCAUGGCCGAGUCAGAGCGUUACCUGCCUGAGCUCAUCUCCAAGCUUGAGGGUACACUUGAGGAAUCUGGUCUGCGACAAGACAGCAUUGUCAUGCGCAUGACUGGUUGCCCCAACGGUUGCGCACGUCCAUGGCUCGCCGAGGUUGCUUUCGUUGGAAAGGCCUAUGGCGCGUACAACAUGUACCUUGGUGGUGGUUACCAUGGCCAAAGGCUGAACAAGCUUUACAGGAGCUCGAUCAAGGAGGAAGAGAUUCUGGAGAUUCUGCAGCCGAUGAUCAAGCAAUACGCCAAGGAGAGGAACGACGGAGAGCACUUUGGUGACUUCGUCAUCAGGAAGGGUUACAUCAACGAGACCACGCACGGAACAAACUUCCACGACAACACUGCGGAACAAGAGUCAGAUGGCGAGUAA